AUGACAGCACCCCUGUGCACCUUCCCAGUUCAGUUCCAGGAGCCCUCAGUCAGCGGCCUCUCCCAGAUCACCAGAAGCCUGUACAUCAGCAAUGGUGUGGCUGCCAACAGCAAGCUCUUGCUGGCCAGCAACCAGAUCACUUCAGUCAGCAGUGUCUCGGUAGAGGUGGUAAAUACCUUCUGUGAGGAUAUCCAGUAUACACAGGUGCCUGUGGCUGAUGCACCCAUCUCGAAGCUCUAUGACUUCUUUGACCCCAUUGCUGACCACAACCACAGUGUGGAAAUGAAGCAGGGCUGUAUAUUGCUACACUGUGCUGCUGGCAUGAGCCGCUCAGCCACUUUGUGCCUUGCCUACCUCAUGAAGUACCAUGCCAUGUCCCUGCUGGAUGCCCAUACAUGGACCAAGUCAUGCCGGCCCAUCAUCCGACCCAACACUGGCUUUGGGGAGCAACUCAUCCAUUAUGAGUUCCAGCUGUUUGGCCAGAAUACUAUAUACAUGGCCAGCUCCCCAGUGGGAAUGAUCCCUGACAUCUAUGAGAAGGACAUCUGUUUGAUGAUUCCACUGUAA